AUGCAACCCCACCGACGUCCUAUCUACCAGCGGGUCGGAAAGAUCCUUGGCGUAACGUGGUGGCAACAACGUCAACCAAACAGCGACCAAAACAAGCCACACAACAAAAGCCCCUUCCGUCCGCUGGGGCAGAGUAAAAACCAGAUUACACAGCCUGAAAGAAGCUCCUCGAAACUCAGUGAUCAAGAUACGGGUAGCGAGCUCCAAGCAUUUGAAGUGGCGGAGGACGGUUUUAAGCGAAAAUCGGACCAGGUCCACGAUUUCAAACACAAUCGUGAAAGUCAAGACAAAGUACUCCUCGUCAAGAUACUUCAAGCAAACGAUCGAGAUCGGGAAGAACAGGCCAAGGAAGGAAGUCAGAACAGCAACAGCGGAAUACAGGGGAGGCUACCAGGCAUAAUGCAGUCGGUAGAUGACGGCCAGAGCGCGGGAACUGACGGUCACUUCCGGUCUAACAUCAGAUCAUCACCAGAGCUGGCGUUCCUCAGCAGUAUUCAAUGCACCCGGCUCUCGGAGUCACUUGGGGUAUGGCGGGAACACGAUAACUGCGUCUGCAAGUCAAGGUCAGGGCUUUCUGUCCUGUUGCACGUCGUCAACGACUCGUCUGCCGCCUUGACGUCGUCGCAAGGCACGACCUACCUGCAGUACGACCCGCUAACCGGUCAGCUAACCCCUGCCGUUAGUACCACAACCACCACUGUGAACGGCACCGACUCGGACGUCGUCGGCUAUUUGCAGAUUGAUGCCUCCAGGCCCAUCUUACAUUCUUCCCCUUCGCAUUCCACUGACAAUGAUCCGAUCUUCGGUUUAGUCAGGUUGGAUCACACUUCGUUACUAGAGGGCGGAAGUGACCUCAGCACUGUGAUCCAAAAUGGCGCAUACCUGCAGUUUAACCCUCUAGCAGCCGAUGCUCAGCAGACGAACCCCACGAGCCAGCAAGCGACCGUUUACCUGCAGCUAGAGCCGGCGGCUCAGGCUCUGCUGAACAGCAAGAGUGUGGGCCAGCAGAGGGUGUACCUUCAGUUUGAUCCCCAGUUGAGCAGUCUCGUCCAUACGAACAAUGCAGGGGACUACAUUGUCGGCGUUCAGAUACAACCCCACAAAAACCUCUUCUUGCGCAUGUUCAAGGAGGGUGAAAUUUACAUCGAUGGUGACGCUGUUGUUCAGAAUUAUUACACAGACGGUGGUUUCGAGCGCACGCUGGCCCACUUUCAGGCACUUCCGCUGGACGGGGUGACGCCCCAUGGCGUGGGCGACGUUCUCAGUGGCCAUCUGAAAGGUUACACCGUUAGCGCCUGCGCCACUUGCGGACCCCGUGGAGAGCCGAUGAUCGAGUUUGUUUCCAAAUUCACUGCCAACCCUAUCAUCAAAAGGCGGUUCCUGUACGUCCCUCAGGUCUCUACAUGGGGCCACGUGGGGGUUGGAAGGGUCCACCACAGGGGCUUCUCUAACCCGAUGCCUCAUGACGAUGUCGAGGGCUUUGUUCAUCACUGGCGUCGCGGCACUUUUGACGACGCCGACAAGUAUUUCCCUAGCGAGGAGAGAAGAACGGUUGCGGGAAUCGUCUCGAAAUCCCCCUAUGAAGCAAUGUCCACCAAUCUGGGCAGGUCCCCAUCACUGGUCGCAACGAAUCGUGCCAGGGGCGACGUCAAAAGGCCCUAAACAUGCCGGCCAACAAAACUAACAUCUGGUCAAGAAGGCCGCAGGUGGCGGAAAGUGAAACUAGACCUAUAGCAGCUAUAAAUUAUCAUCAUCAAUUUUGUCAUGCUAGCAAGCUGGAAAAUGGAAUAUUGCAUUGACCUUUUCAUGGUGGUGACGAUAUAAAUAAUAUACAGGACAGGAAGAAAGAAAAUUUCUGUUUAAAAUUGCUAAUCACUUUAUUAAUUAUUGAACGAUUGUAGUGGAACAAGUUUUAAUAUGAACAGUAUAAUGGCAGAACUUGUCAGGAAGAUGAUGCGCAUCCUCAGUUUGCAUGCACUGUUUGUAAGUAGCUCGACAUCCAAUUUCCAGGACGUCUACUGGGUAGUCCUGGACCACAUCGCCAGCAAUAAGCUCUGACCUCACCAGGGAGAAGGAAGACGUUUAUCACACCAAGCCAAAAACUAGCUCAGCUGAAAUCGGCAUAUUCUGGCAACAGACUACCUGUGAAUUCCUGCUGAAGUCAAUAAUAUUCCCAGAUGAUUGCAAAAACUGGACAACACUAAUGCCUAUGUGGAUCCUUAAACUGCAGACAAGUUCUACAAUUCUACAGUUCCCCUGUAAAAUUUUUUUCAUUCUAAUCAUGUACACUUAGUUGAAA